AUGGCGUUAUAUCCACGUUUGCCUUCAGGACCACCUGAUAUGCACAACAAGUCUCCGUCAUACAGGGUGACGAAGCCUUCCAUAGACGCCAAUGCCGACCAGCAGCCGCCUUCGGACUCCCGCCUCCUGGAGCCGACUCCCUCCAUCAGGGAUAAGAAGCCACAAUUAAAAGGGCCCAGGCCUAUUGGGUCUAGCGUUUCUGAUUCCAUCUCCCUCUCAUCGCCAGUUGCGUGCGCGUCGCCCCGCGAGGAUGUGGAAGGAACACCGAUGCCGGCCAACGUGGCGGCUUUGCCUGACGAGCACAAGUCCUAUCUGCUCGGGAAACUGCCCACCCAGAGAGCCAGGCGACGACGAGCCAUGCUGAUUUACGUCUGCGCCGCUGAUUCUCAAGAUUGUUGUGCGGAAAAAGGAGCCCUACAAUGCGGGGCGGCGGCGCGGCUGAGAGUUAGGGCUCGGAAACGAGGGUGGAGGAUACACGUAGCUGACCUGCACUGGAGGUCGCCCUUAGAGCAACAGAGAGACCACCGAUUCCCCGUGCUGUGCGUCGCUGAACUUGCACCUGAGUCGAAAUGGAGGUCGCCCUUAGAGCAACAGAGAGACCACCGAUUCCCCGUGCUGUGCGUCGCUGAACUUGCACGUCAAACUGAGCUGGGCGCGGUGGUUCCCGUGUUAUUCCUGAACUCAGGGUUGGGAACCCCGCUCCUGCCCCACACGCUGGAGUGUGCUGACUUCAAGGCGGCGCUGGAGGCAGCUGAGGAUGACAGCGACAAGGCCCUGUUGAACAAAUGGUACAGUCUAGACUCCACUACCACUCCGCCGUGCUACCGACUCGUGCGCGGCGCGCCGGCAAGAUGGCGGCGGGAGAUGGCCAAAGCGCUAAAUGUGCUGGUCAGAACUUUACCGCAAGAGGCUUGCGAUGCGUACCUCACUACUGUGGUGGAGCAGGAGGUACAACACACAGUCCUGAUGAGCAUCGAGGCGGCCCGCCGUUGUGUCUGGGUGUGUCGGGCCGGGGCUGCAGUGCAAGAACCAGCCGACGUAGCUGAUGCCGCCCAUCAUAACGAGCUCAAUAGGAGGCUGAAUAAUUUGCAGAAGGACCUCAAGCUUCAUCUUAGCGAACGCAAUAUAAUCCGCGCCAGCAUCCGAGGCCGGUCGGCGCCUGGUGGAGAAGACGAGUAUACGGAGGGCGUCCGAUCGGCCUUAGGCGAGAGGCUGGACGCUUUGCUAGACGCUCUCAUAGCCGAGAACGAAAUGCCUGCAGGAUACAACGGGAUUCCUACCAGCUUGUUCGAAGAGGUCAGUGAGCACCUGGCGUUUUGCCAGAAAGCCGCGCAAUGCACAUCAAACAGGGAAAUCACGUUGAACGAGUUAAAAACAUACAUCACAGGAGACAGCGACGUGCCGCUCGCUCUGAUUGGCGGCGCGGGCUGCGGGAAGGCGACAUUAGUUGCGCGUGCGCUGAGCAUGGCGCCCGCUUGCCAGCAAGACCUCGCGCUUAUUGUCAGAUUCGUCGGUUUAACAUCGCAGUCGAGUAGUUCACAUCUGUUGCUGAAGUCUAUAGUGGACCAGUGCAACGUUUUGCUCACCGGAACUGUAUAUAGGGGGAAAAAUGAUGUGACGUCACUGUCGCUCGCGCUGGCCGUCCUGCUGAGUGAUUUGGGGCUGACGAGGCCGGUGCUGCUGGCGGUGGUGGGGGCCGACGCUCUGCGCGGCGCAAGAUGGCUGCCGUCACAUCUACCCGACAAUGUCAAGAUGAUAGUUACAGUCACUGAAGAAAAAGACGAGCCUUCCAGUUCGGCGAUAAUGGCCGUGCUGUCAUCAGAAGACGGUCCGAAAGUAGUUAGGGCUCCGCCGGUGGGCGCUGAGGAAGCUAAAGCGGUGUUAACCGCAUGCGCAGCUACUUACAGCAAAACUGGUGCAGCCUCGCCACCUGAAGCGGCCGUAAAGGCAGUGCAGAAGUGCACCUUACCACUUUAUGCUAAGAUUUUGGCUUGGCAGAUAUCACUAUCAGCGGAAACCUUUACUGAACAAUCAGAACCAGAAACAUCACCAGAACUGGUUAUCUGCGAGGACCUGGAAGGCCAGAUAAUUCAGAUUCUGGUGACCACGGAACAGGCUUUGGGUUUGGAGAGAGUUAAGACCUGUUUGGCGUUAUUGACGGCCUCCAGGCGAGGAUUGGAUGAUACGGAGAUUCUGGAUAUGUUGGCCCAUGAUGAGCAGUUUAGGAGUGAAGAAACGUAUUUACCCUGGGCACCAGCAUCGCUAUUCUGGCCACAGCUGGCCGCAUUGCUGUCCCCAUGGCUGAGGUGGGAUUCCCGCGGAGCCGCUAGAUGGCGGGACGCGGCUUUGGCUAGUGCUGCCAGGGAUAGAUACUUGGCGGAUUGCGAACAUGAGGUCCGGCGCACAUUGUUGGAUUAUUACGAGGGUGUUUGGUACAAAGAAAAUGAUCCUAAGAUGGCUGGCCGAUUGAUAUCACAAGAGAACAAAUUUUCUGAAGAAUGCUAUAAUACUAGGAAACUAGAUGAAAUGCCAUAUCAACAUUAUCAUAUCUAUAAAGAUGAACCAGAAAAGUUUGCCAACCAAUUAUAUUUCACUCAACUAGACUGGGUUUAUGACAAAUUAGCCGCAACAGACUGUAGUCAUUUCUUAGAAGACCUUUAUUUAAUCAACAUAGAUCCAUUACCGGAACACAUAGACAUAUUAAAAGAAGUCUUCGAAGUCCAUUCGUAUGCUCUAGAUUAUGACCAUAGACAAUUUUAUGGACUUCUACGAGAAACAAUGGAGAAACGCCAAAGAGGCGGAAUAGAAAUCAAAAGUAAAAUAGUGCAAGAUUGGAUGAAAAUAAUUCAAGAGCCGAGUAUUCCCACGUUUUAUCCGUCAAAUGAGGACUAUUAUAAAAUUAUUGAGAAGAAAGUUAAGACAGAUUACACUAUGGUGAAAGGUUUUAAUAGUAAGACGUACGAUUUAAUUGUGAGAUUUGAUACCAGAGGCAAGUUUGUGGCUACCGUUUCCACGGAGAGGGAGGAAAUAUGUGUAUGGGAUGUUACCAAGUGUCAACUCGUAAGGAAAUUAGUUGGUAUAACACAUCCAAUCAAUUUAAUACCAAUAGAUGAAUACCGUUGUGUCGUUCUGUGUCGACGAGAACUCAGGGUCUAUGACUUGGAUCAGGGUAAAUUCCUAGUAGCUCUGAAGGGCGUGAUGAACCAAAAGAUGCCGUAUUACGGCCUCCACGACAGCAAGCACCUGGUGGCCCUCUCUCGCAACAGGAUGUAUGUGAACCUGAUGAACAUCGAGACGGGAGACUGCGUGACCACAUUCAAGGCGGGGGAGGACAGGUUCUUGAAUUCGCUGCUGGUUUCUGGGGACGGCAGGAUAUUAGUAUGUGGCGAUGAGACACAAAAACCAUUCCCUCUGCUGGUGUGGUCGCUGACGUCUCGCAAACUGCUCUACGACUUGAGGAUUCCUCAUCACGACUUCGUCACGUCCAAAGCCGCUAUUACUUAUGAAGGAUCCUACGUAUGCGUGGUAUCUCGAGAGUUGGACGAGCCAAGCCCCAACUUCAUCGUGGUGUACGACCUUCAGUCGGGGACCCUGUUCAAGAAGUGGAAGCCGGGUUGUGACACCGUCGCCCUGGCCAUCAGCUCCGUGGACGGCUGCGUGGUCUCAGGGUUAGCUGACACGAGGAUCCUCGUCUGGGAUCUGGUCACAGGUAAUUGCAGACUGACUCUACGUGGCCACGUCGCAGCGCCAUCUCUGCUUCGUUUAGCGAAGUCGGGCGGCGUGCUCAUGUCCACCGACCACUCCUGUCGAGACAUGUCUGUUAGGCUCUGGGACCUCCAUACUGGUAAAAUAAUAGCAGUAUACACGCCACCGGAACGCAUCACAUCAUGCGAGAUUCUUCUGGGAGGUUCCGUCUUGGCCAUGGCUUUAGAGAAUUAUAAAGAGAUCUUAUGCGUUAAGCUUGAAGGUCCUAUAGUGGACUCUGUCAAGGCCGGAAGGGACUGCGAGUAUGACGAUAAGGCUUAUGGGGACGUUGCCAGCGAGGGAAAAACAUUUUCCUUGUGGAACGAAGACUGCUGAUAGUGAAUGUUAAAUUAUUAAGAUUCCUUUUUAAUUUUUAAAAAUUCCGGCAUUUUCAAAGAGGUUACCGUUAAAAAAAAAGAAAUAUCAUCGUCGUUUUCUAUGUUGUAAGAACUAUCGUAUUCUAGUUUAGGACUUUCGUGGAGAGGAGAAUAAUAAUCAGACCUACGUGAGUUGAAGUCCAAAAAGUUAGCUGUUUUUUCAAACCGCAAGUGUAUGAAUUAAUCUAAUAUCUAAUCUUGAAUGGUCUUUAAAAAUAAACAUUGCAACUGGCAAUUAAAACGAUGUCAUUCUGUUAUGAAAAAAAAAUUAACUACACGGCCGAUAAAAUUUACAUUAGUGUUGAAAAAUAUCUAGAAAUAAAAUGCGAUAUCAAUUCGAAAAAGGAAUCAAAUUAUUUGAAAAAUUUAAGCAAUUUCGCAGUGGCUUAGAACCGCCCAAAGGCCAAAGAGAGAAUUAAACAAAAGUGAAAUUAUAAAAAAAAAACAUUAAUGUUUUUGAUCUAUUACGCUUAUUAAUUACAUUAUGAAAUUAAUUGUAUUUAGUGAAUUCUCUAUUUGUAAUGUUGAUGUUUAGGCGUAAUUAUGUGGUGAAUAAGGUUUAAGUCAGAAUAUGUGUGUAAGUCAAUUUUAUGUUUAGUUUGCGUACUUGUUUUGAUAUUUCUAGUCGCUUCGUACUUUGGCAGGUUCUGAAAACAACUAGAUAUUAUAAUUACCUCUAUGGUUGCACCAAUACUAUUCUAAGAAACAUAUUUUCCUAUUUCAUGUUCAUUCAUCAUACACUUUAAUAACAAAUGUACUUAAUAACUCACUUAUAGUAAAAUGCCAAUUAUAAAAAUAUAUAAGUUUAUGAUCGGUUUAUUCGAAAUGAUAUUUCGAUGAAUAGCAAUAACGCGUAUCAUUUUAAAUGUUCACGUUCUUAUUUAUGUUAGUGUUUCGCUUUGUUUUAUAUAUUCUUCGUCCACUUAAUAUCAAUGUAAAAAUAAGUAAGAAAUCAUAAAAUAUUAUUGUAAAGGCAAUAAAUAAAUGAUCAUAUAUUUAAUUACCAAUAAGCUAGAUCUGAGCCAAAUAUUACGCAAUUGUUAUGUUUUCCAUUCCCGCCAUUUUGUGUAUUGCCAGAAUAAAUAUUUCUACUAUUUUUCGGUGGAAUUCUUUUGUUCGUGGUUUGAUGUCCGUGGAUAUUAAUUAUGUCGAUGCUGGUUCAUCACAAUAUAUUUGUAUCUGUAUAAAUGUUUGUUGUAUGCGAUUGAUACAUAUAGUUUCAUGUCACGAUCGCGUUUAAUAUAUAUUGUUGGUUUUGCUUGAGUAGAUGUUUAAAUUACAGAUUUCAAUUUGUAUGUCACCGUAUUGAUGUAAUAUAACUUUACUACCUCGUCUUCAAAGUGUGUUGAAUGUAAGGUCCUAUUCACUUUUCAGUUAACAAAACCAAAUAUACCUAAUAGGUUUAGUUUCGGAAUUUGAGUGAAUUUUGUUAUUUGUACAGUCGAAAACCUUGUGUAAAAUUGACAAUUCUGUAUCAAUAUUAAGUCUACGUAUUACCUACGAUAAAACUCGAAAUGAGCUUCUUAUAAAUAAUAAUCAGGUUGAAUUUACAGCUUAACAAAAAAAAAUAUUGCGCACAAAUGGGCUUUAUUGUAACACAUUAUGUUUACAAAUUCCCCAUAUCUAAAUAUAUGGGCAUGUACUUAGUUCAUAUUGUUUGUAAAGCCGCGAGCAAUAAUGAGUUACCAUAAUAAAAACAUUUGAAAAAUUUGUGUGCAUAAAAUAUAUUUUAUAACUGUUCACAAUGUUUUAGGAAAUAGGGUUCCGUGCAUGCACAAUUGUUUUUUUUUCAUUUGUUAUUUCCAUAUAUAUGUAUAGUUCGGUAUUCUCGGACGUAUGAAUGGAACUAUUUCGCACAAUAUUUGUGUGCACGCCCAAUUUUAAAAUAGACCACUAGAGUUUUAAAUAUGACUCUUGAUUUUUUUACACUAAUGGGAUAUUUUAAUCCCUCUCUAGGUAACUUAAAAUAUCGACCAAAUUUAAAUAACUAUAAUUUGCCAAUCUAAACCUUGUUCGUAUUAUGAAUGUGAGAGUCAUUUUGAAACGUAAACUUGUAAAAAAAAAAUUUUGAUCCCAUAAUAAAGAUUUAAAAAAUGGGCUCAAAAUUUGCCUACACAUUUUUGUAAUGUUCAAAGAUCAUUCACAAUUGAAUUGAACCCAAAGCAAUUAGCACAAGUAGGAAUGCUUUAUUUGUUUCCUUAAACAUACCGAAAUUAUAUUUUUGGACAUAAUACCUUAGAAUUUGACACUUUCGGAAUGCGCAGUAGCAUUUCUCUUCAUAGUAUAAAAAAAUCUUCUGCGCAACGUCCAUAUUGUAAAAUUUUGGUUCCAAUUACGUUCCGAACAUUAUUCAUCGUAAAUGAUACAUGUUGUAAUUUUUUUACUAUUUUAAUGUUUCCCUUAAUCACGAAACUGUUGACAGCUAUGUCAAUGUCGCCAUCUUGAGCCUUAUUGCAAGCUUAUAAAGCUCACCUGUAUUGAUGGAAAUUGAGUUUUAAUUUUUUUACCGAGUUAUAAAGUUAAUUUUCGCCGAAAUGUCUGAUAUUUCAGGGCUUAAAUUUGCAGUCGCAAGGAUUCUUUUUACUGUGUAAUUUAUUUUGGGUUCAAAUGAAUGAUCUUUAAUAGUAGAGAAAUAUACUUACCUUAUUAGGCAACAGGGCUGGUCCCUGUUCAUCACAGUAUAGGCAGUUCUACGGUAUAGCGAUCAAUUUGAAACUAAUUUUAAGUAAAAUAAUCCAUAAGAAGACAGUGUAAUCGAUUGAAACUGUUAAAAUUAUUUAUGUAUUCUGAAAAGUUACGUAAUUACUUGA